GGCAUUUUGGGACUAAAUAAAUUACGCGUGAAAUUGAGUUUAAAAAAAUAGUUUCCAAAUAUUGUACUAGUGAUUAAUUUUCUUGUGUGUGUUUUCUAUUAACGCCGUUCUUCAAAAGUUACAACAAAAAAAUGCAUGCUAGCAUGUGCUGCUGCUAGCUACAGGUGGCGCCAAACACACCGUUAAGCAGCACAUGUCCUGAGAGUUUGUGGGAACUUCUUGAGAGGACUGAAGAAACUCCAAACAGGAGCGAGAGAAGCAGAGAGCAGAGGACCAUCCGCCUACAACAUUACACCUCUGCGGACAUCCGAGGCUUAGUAAAGUCCAGAAGAGCUCUGCAUUCUCCAGCUAUAACACUGUCCUGUGAGAAGAGCUUGCGGUGGAUGUAAGAGCACUCAGAGGCAGAAGAAAUGAGCAGAGGAACAGUGAAAGAGCUGCACGGAUGCCAGCGCAACUUCACACUGAUCAUCGCGUUGCUCGUAGCCAACUGCGGGGCAGAGAUUCCUUCAGACCCAAAUGUGGUGGCCGCCUCCAGUUGGAACAUGUCCAGCGGAGCUGAAAGAGAUCACUUUCUAAGGCUGGAUGCUCCGAUGAAUAACAUCACUACCUCCCUCGGACAGACAGCUGAGUUACAUUGCCACGUUUCAGGGAAUCCACCACCCACAGUCCGCUGGCUUAAAAAUGAUGCCCCUGUGGUCCAGGAACCACGGCGUGUCUCUUACCGGCCCACUCCGUACGGCUCCCGUCUGAGAAUCCGAAACCUGGACACCACAGACACUGGCUACUUUCAGUGUGUGGCUACCAACACCUAUGGCACAGUAUCUACCACAGGAAUCCUGUUUGUCAAGUUUGAUCCGGCUCCCACCCCUCUGCCUGGAAGGCCUUCACCAGAUGAUUUUGAUGAGGAAGGUUUCUGCCAGCCAUACAGAGGGAUCGCGUGUGCUCGCUUCAUAGGAAACAGGAGUAUCUUCGUGGACUCGCUGCAGAUGCAAGGCGAGAUUGAGACCCAAAUCACAGCGGCGUUCACCAUGAUUGGCACCUCGAAUCACCUGUCAGAUCGCUGCUCCCAGUUCGCUAUCCCGUCCUUGUGCCAUUUUGCCUUCCCGACAUGUGACCGUAGCUCUGGCAUGGACAAACCACGGGACUUGUGCAAGGACGAGUGUGAGAUUCUGGAGAACGACCUGUGUAAGACAGAGUACAUCAUCGCUCGGUCCAACCCCCUCAUCCUCAAGCGCCUCAAACUGCCCAACUGUGAAGACCUGGCCGCUUCGGACAGUCCCGAGGCUGCCAACUGUAUGAGAAUAGGCAUCCCGAUAGCUGAGACCAUAAAUAAAAGCCACAAAUGUUAUAACAAUAGCGGUUCGGAUUAUCGUGGGACAGUCAGCAUGACUAAAUCUGGUCGUCAGUGUCAGCCAUGGAACUCGCAAUAUCCCCACAGCCACACCUUCUUGGCCAUGCGUUACCCAGAGCUCAACGGGGGACAUUCCUACUGCCGCAACCCUGGAAACAAGCACGACGCUCCCUGGUGCUUCACCCUAGAUGAGGGCGUGCGCAUGGAGCUCUGCGACAUUCCUCCUUGUGAUUUGCCCAAGCAUGGCAGCAGCAGUAUGGGGAUCCUGUACAUCCUGGUACCAAGCGUUGCUAUACCGCUGGCUAUCGCCCUGCUGUUCUUCUUCAUCUGUGUGUGCCGAAACAACCAGAAAGCCUCACGUCCACCAGCCCCACGUCAGCCCAAACCAGUACGCGGCCAGAACGUGGAGAUGUCCAUGCUCACAGCAUACAAACCAAAGAGCAAAGCCAAAGAACUUCCUCUGUCUGCAGUGCGCUUCAUGGAGGAGUUGGGCGAGAGCAGCUUUGGUAAGAUCUACAAAGGCCACCUGUACCUGCCAGGCAUGGAGCAAGCUCAGCUAGUGGCCAUAAAAACACUGAAGGACAUCUCAAGUGCACAACAUUGGGGCGAUUUCCAGCAGGAAGCAUCUGUCCUGGCAGAACUCCAUCAUCCCAAUGUGGUUUGUCUCCUGGGUGUCGUGACCCAGGAGCAGCCCGUCUGCAUGCUCUUCGAGUUCCUAGCCCAAGGAGACCUCCACGAGUUCCUCAUCAUGCGCUCUCCCCACUCAGAUGUGGGCUGCAGUAGCGACGAAGACGGUACCGUCAAGUCCAGCCUCGACCAUGGAGACUUCCUUCACCUGGCCAUUCAAGUCGCAUCUGGGAUGGAGUACCUCGCAAGCCACUUUUACGUCCACAAAGACCUUGCGGCAAGAAACAUCCUGGUUGGUGAGCAACUUCACAUCAAGAUUUCCGAUCUUGGUUUGUCGAGAGAAAUCUACGUCUCAGAUUAUUACCGAGUCCAACCCAAAACGCUCGUUCCUAUUCGCUGGAUGCCACCAGAAGCCAUCAUUUACGGGAAGUACACAACAGACUCUGACAUUUGGGCAUUUGGUGUGGUUUUGUGGGAGAUCUUCAGCUUUGGCCUGCAGCCCUUUUAUGGUUUCAGCAACCAGGAAGUGAUGGAGAUGGUGCGGAAGAGGCAGUUGCUGCCCUGCCCAGAGGAUUGCCCUCCUCGCAUGUACGCGCUGAUGACCGAGUGCUGGCAGGAGGGUCCUGCUCGACGGCCGAGAUUCAAAGACAUCCACACCCGACUACGCGCUUGGGAGGGUCUGUCCUCCCACGCCAGCUCCAGCACCCCAUCCGGAGGCAACGCCACCACCCAGACUACCUCUCUGAGCGCCAGCCCUGUCAGCAACCUCAGCAGCCCACGUUACGCCGGAUACAUCUAUGGAGCUCCGCAGAGCCUCCCGCCAGGACAAAUCGCAGGCUUCAUGGCAGCACCGAUGCCUCAAAGCCAGCGCUUUAUACCUGUAAACGGAUUCCCUAUCCCAACAGGCUAUGCUGCCUUCCCUGCUGCCCAUUUCGCUGCGACUCAGGGCCCUCCACAGGUGGUGCAGCACUGCCCUCCACCAAAGAGCCGGUCGCCCAGCAGUGCCAGCGGCUCAACCAGCACAGGUCAUGUGACCAGCAUCCCCUCCACAGGCUCCAAUCAUGACGCCAAUACACCUUUGCUUUCUCAUUGUGUCACUCUGACGCCCAUGACGGCAGUGCCGGGCGGCACAAUGCCAAUGUUUGGACAUAUGGCACAGAAGGCCAUGCAAAUAGACCCGAGUCAGGCGGCGCUGUUGGCUGACACUAACAGACUGAUAUAUAGUGAAUCCAUCAUUACUGCCGAUUUGUGAAUACAUGUUUUGUCCUGUAUAUUGAUUUAUUGAAUUAUUGAUAUUUUAAUGAUUUUUUUUUUCCUUACGUGUAAAUAUGAAAUAGCCUGGACAAAAAUGCGAAAGUUUAUAUUUUAAUGUUGUUUUAUAAAUGUGUCUUAAAGGGAUAGUUCACCCAAAAAUGAAAAUUCUGUCAUUAAUUACUCACCCUUAUGUCAUUCCAAACCCGUAAGACCUUCAUUCAUCUUUAGAACAAAAAUUAAGAUAUUUUUUGUUGAAAUCUGAGAGCUUUCUGAACCUGCAUAGAUAAUAAGGGAACUCCACCACUGAUGUCACAUGGACUAUUUUAACAAUGUCCUUACUACAUUUCUGGCCCUUGAACGUAUCAGUUGCAUUGCUCUCUAUGUAGGGUCAGAAAGCUCUUGGAUUUCAUCAAAAAUAUCUUAAUUUGUGUUCCAAAGAUGAACAAAGGUCUUCCAGGUUUGGAACAACAUGAGAGUGAGUAAUUAACGACAGAAUUUUCAUUUUUGGGUGAACCACCCCUUUAAAAGAAACUUGUAUAUUCACAUAUUCUCUGUGAAGUUCAUGCCACUUUUUUCGACUUAGUAUGACUAAACGUGGCCUUAAAAUUUCCUUUUUUCAACCAGAACUUUGAAAUCAUGCCCUUUCACGGUUGUUUUUGACACAGCUGUAGGUUUAUCAUCAGUUUUGUCUGCUUUUUCACUCAUUAACUACUUCCUGAAAGGCUUCAGAAUUGAAAUCCACCCCUAUAGCCGAAGUUCCCAAAUUAAGGGAAUAGUUUUGCAAAUAUCAAUCACUGAUGCCUUUAUAUGAAAAAAAAAUAUGGUCACCAUAUGUGCCUGCAUUUUAUUAUAAAGUCAGGCAUUUGUACAUGUGGGAGAGAAUGUGUUCUGUGAUAUUCUUCUGUUACUGUGGUGUUAUUCAAAUCAUUUCAAUACAGGAGACACACCAGGGCUGCGUUCGCUGUAAACCAGUGACUUCUCAGGCAAUAUUUGUGUUUCUAAGGUACUGCCAGGCUUUUGAAGUGGCAUACGGUGUAGCUGCAACAAAAUGGCGAGAACUUUGGUCUUAACCAAGCAAAUAUUUAAACAUCUUGGUAUUCAUUCUUGCUAGGAAAUUAAGAGUUCACCCAAAAAUGAACAUUUUAUCAUCAUUUACUCAUUUUGUGUUCGGCAGAAGAAAACGUGAAUUACGGAAAAAAUAAAAUAAAAUUGGGUGAAUCCCUUUUAAGUCAAAAACUGUCAAAAUUGGACAGAAACCUACAUUUAUACACAAACUGACUGCUAACUUUCAGAUGUAUUUUUUUCUUUCAGCUCAACUGGAAUCGCAUAACGUUAUAUCGAUGAAGAAACACAAUCAUUGGAUUCAGAUGUGCCUUUUUGCCUUCCUACCUCCGUAUACAGCAUUUUUCAGCUUUCGGACAUAGCCCGGGUUAUUUAUAUAUAUAUAUUUUUUUGUCUUUUAGUAAUAUAAGCGAAAUUCAGGCAACCACAAAACAUUCUCGUGAUUUUUAUAUUCUGUAGGCCUAACGUUACGUGACCCAGAGCAUACAUUAAUAUUUUAAACUGUCAGGAUAACUUUUUUUUUUUUUUUUUUGUCGUCUUAACGAGUCGUCAAUUUUUCACAUCACUGUUUGGCAAAGCAUAUGUGAAAUCUGUCCUAAAACUGGCGCAGAACAUUUUCUACAAUAAACUCCUCACUACCUAUAGAAUGUAAUGUAAUGCCUAAAAAAGUCCUCUAGAGGUCAGUGUCACUCUGCGACUCUGAUUGAAUGAAGUUCUUUAUUUGUCUCAUGUUAAUACUGUAUGUGCUUGCGAUUUUCAGCUUUCAUUUGAUGUUUGUUAACUUUAUUCUCUCUCUGAGUUUGUAGCUUGUUUAAUCUCUUAAAAUUUCACAGAAACAGAGGUUAAACAAAUCAUUUUAGUAAGCAGCUGUAUGUCAUGGUAACUCUAAGUUUGGUUUGUUGCUAUGCAACGGUUUAAUUCAACGACACCCUUUUCCUGUGUUGAAGACAAUCAAGAAUUUAUCUUUUAUGCAGGGUACAGUGUUUGUGAAGACAUGAUUGCUUGUGACCUAUGCCUUUUGGACAAUCUCGUGAAGUGUCAUGACAUUUCAUGAACAGACGUUUUUGCAUGAUAAACUGAUGUGUAGAUCAAUGGUUUAUUUUUAUAUGAUUUGUCACGCAAUUUUACAUCAAUAUCGCAGUCUUAUUAUUGUACGUCUGAACAUACAGUGUGUUGACAUUAUAAAAGCCACUUA